CCGCGCCCGCCGCCGCCGCCCAUGACCCUGCGCUCCGCCGAGUCCCUGGAGAGCGCGGAGAGCUCCGGGGAGCGCUGGGGGCGCCCCGGGGCGGCGGCGCCCGUUGCCGAGGAGUGCCGUGAGGCGGAGCAGCUGGCCGCUGCUAUGGAGGAGCUGCGGCGGGCAGGAUGGUACUGGGGCAACAUGACUGUUGCUGAAGCCAAAGAAAGGUUACAGGAUGCCCCUGAAGGGACCUUUUUGGUUAGGGAUAGUUCGCACUCAGAGUAUCUACUGACUAUAUCAGUAAAAACGUCAGCGGGACCGACCAACCUACGUAUAGAAUAUCAAGAUGGCAAGUUUAGACUGGACUCUAUCACUUGUGUCAGAUCUAGACUUAAACAGUUCAACAGCGUUGUGCAUUUGAUUGAAUACUAUGUUCUUAUGUGCAAGGAUAGAACUGAAACACCUUCAAAUGGAACAGUUCAUCUUUAUUUGAACAAACCCCUCUAUACAUCUGCUCCAUCUCUGCAACACCGCUGCAGAAUAGCUAUAAACAAGAGCACAAAUCAGAUCUGGGAGCUGCCAUUACCAACAAGACUAAAAGAGUACUUGAAAGAGUAUCAAUACCAGGUAUAAAUAUAUUUUCUAAAUGCCUCUAACACAGAGUAACUUUUGAAUGCAAUUCUUAAUAUCAGCCAAAGAACUGAGUAACCAGUUGUACAACUCAGCAUGGAAUUCACUAUCAAAGCAGUGGCAGUUCUGGGGGAAAGGUUUUUAUUCCAGAUGCUACAAAGGGAGACUUUAUGUAAAAUAAUCCCAGUUUGCAUCCUUGGGGGUUCAACAAGGUGGCAUGCUAUUCUUGCAAGGAGAGAGAAGCAAGGAAUCUGUCCAGAUUGUGUUGCUUUGUCAAUAAAAUGCUGCACUAACUAUCAAAUGCUUACUGAAGCAGUGGGACCGGGAGAGACUUCAUAAGUGGUCAGAGACACAUGAGGGUUUACAAGUAUCUCAGCUGUCUGAUUCCAAGAUUAAUUUGGUGCUGGUGUUCAUAUAAUCCUAAAAGCUUAACUAGAUCACACUGUGAUAAUCGUGCUAAAGUUAUGCAACUAAUCAAAUCCAGUCAGAAAAAUGAUAAUGUAUUCAGUUUUUAUUUAACUACUCUCCUGCUUUUCUGUAAGCAAAGGAGUACUGUAAGUAAUCAGUCUAGAACAUUGUUUUUCAAAGUUCUCUGAAAGCUGACCUUAAGAAGAAAUGCCACAUCUUUCACAGGAACCCAGUAUAUUGCUGAUUAUACCAGAUUGGUAUCCCAGAAUCCUUAAUGUGUUGACAUCUUCACAGUGGUGAUGUAUCCAUGCUAUUAAUAUUAAGCCUCUUUUGGUUGAGGCUUUAGAACUAUAUGCUUCAGACUUGCAGUUCCAAUGUCAAAACAUGGGUAUCAGCAGUUACAUGUGUCUUCUACAGUGUAGAAUGUUUUCUUCAGCCUGUUUCCCAAAAUAUGGGGAAAUACGAUGUGGAUUUUUUUUUUUUAUAAAGGGGUUGGUUUUCCUUUUUCUUCUUUUUUAUUUUUUCUUUAUUUUAUUUUAUUUUAUUUUAUUUUAAUUUUUAUUUUAUUUUAAUUUUUUUAACUUCCAAUUCACCAUUGUAGCUAUCAGAUGAUUACUUAAUAAAGUAAAUCAAAGUGCACAACAAUUUCCCAAUCUUUGUAUGUAUGGAUUUGCUACUAUUCAGGAAGAAGUGCUCUUAUAUAGGAACUUAUAUAAUUUCCCAGCUAAUACUCAGAUAAAUGCACAUGUACCAGUGAGGAUGAAUAACCCUGCUUUGCCUUUGUGGUGCUGCUCAAAAGUAUAGCUGGAUUACAAUCAGAUUAGUGGCUUAGAGGCUGCCUGCUGAAUCCCUGUAGUUGAAUAUUAGCACAAGACAUUGCUUUUUCUGUUUCAGUAGUCUUCCAAACAGGAAGAGGGGACUAAGACCCUCUGUACCUAUUCUUCAGCCCAAAGGUAAAGUAUUUAAUAGAAGAAACACACAGGAUGAGAAAAAUAGGAAAGCAGUAAAGAGAGAAACAAGGACAUAGAUUCAUCCUUAGUCAACAAAUUAAAAGUUUUAAUUCUUUCCCUGGCUUAUUUGUUGAUCAAAGCAAAGACCUGCGCUUGAACAAGGAGGGUUGUCAAGACUUGUUGUAAUCUAGCUUUGCCCAGGCUGAAAUAGAAACAACAUAAAAUAAUCUUGUUUUCCUUGUGACUUAACUGCUCUGUUGUACUUUCAAGAUGUUCUGUCCCUUCUCAUAAACUCUGGGGCCCUGACCAACUUAUUUGUUGCAUCUAAACUUCCAAUGUUACACACAAUUUUGUCUGUAACAUGCUGGCAGAAAUGAGUAGCAGAGCCAUUGAGAAAUAGAAGGCUCCAAGAACGUGAGACAGAGUGGGUGGUUCCUUGAUAUGACAUAUACUUGAUAUGUUCUUGUUCUUUCUGUGGGAAAGGUGGGUUUCUCCUCCUCCAUUGGUCAAAUUUUCUGUCCCCAUUUUAAACUUCUUUAGUAUAGAAAUGGGAGGAGUUUUUUUCUGAAAAACAAACCAAAAUAUUUUGUUACGUAAAAUUUUCCCCAUGUCUUGCCAAGAUGUAUUUGGAAGUCUUUCACGUUAUAUGGUGGCCACCUUUUGGUUGCCAUGCCCAAAGAGCUCUUGCAUUCUAGGUAUGUGUCAUAAUUAUUACCUGGUUCUUCUUGUCAGUCUUGCUAAGAUCUGCCACCCUCAGGCUGAGGAGCUUUUCCUGUGAGCAGAGCCUGUCGAAAAACUCUGUUCCUGGGAACACUUUUCAUUCUGAUGAAUCUUUUCUUACAGUUCUUGUCUAGCUCUACUCUGUGGUGAGAGAACUGCUAUAUGGAAUAACUUCCAUCACAGUGACAAACCUCUAAUCUGCUGCUGUGUUAACAUUCUGCAACUGUGCCUUUUCAGUCAGGGUGAUACGCUUGGGGUCUCAAUGGUAAACACAUUCUACUAAGGACCUUUAAAAUAAAUCCCUGGGGGUUUCACUUCAUGAAUACCAGUGCUGGAGCAAGCAGAUUGAGGAGAUAAGAGCUUUAGGGUGCAAUGAGACUGCUAUGUUGCAAAUAUAAGAAAUGAUUUGUGGCUUGCUGGUGGCAGACUAUGUGAGCAGUCACAGGCCAAGUGUCCCCCACAGCAGAGCCAAGCUCUGAGGAACAACAAGGGGCAGAUGCAGGGAAGCUUGCUGUUUGUUUUUUUCUUAAUAACAGUUCUCCAAAGCACAAGGGCAAAUGGCAGGCUGAGAACAAGGAGUGCUGGCAAAAUGAAAGGUGGUGAUUCUUGUAACUAAUCAAGUUACUGUGAUGUGGAAUCAAGUCACCAAACAUUGAGCAUAUUGACCUAGACUUUGUAUCAUUUGCAUUAGUUCCUGUGAGGAAAAGUAGGUUCUGUAACUAUAGUGUGCUCGAAGCUGUGAACAAUAUUUUAAACAGACUGGAGGGGGAACUAGUCCUCUUUGUAUGAAAGCACAGUUCUUGUCCUCAUUAGGAUGCCAGUCCUAGGGUUGAUGCAUUGCACUAGUAAAACUAAACCACAGUAUGGCUUGCAGAAAACUUGGCUUCUUUCUGAUGCAGCACAGAGGAAUGACUUGUUCUGGUACAAAAAAAUCUGAUGAUAGAACAUGAUUAGGUUUCAGCAGUACAAAGAUCUUGCAUGAGGACUUUGUGAAUUUUCAGACAUAAAAUUUUCAGAUAUGUUCAAACAUUUAAAAAAAUUUCAGUGCCUUUUUUUUUCUUUACCCUAUGGAUGGUGUAGCUUGUUUGCAGCACUAGCUUUUAAAUUGUGGGCCCUUCAGAUUAUAAAAAUUACUUCUAACUGAUAUAUAUAAUCUUGAAUUGCUAGUACAGUGUGUGCAGCAAAGCCAGUUUCACAGGUUCAACGCCCAUGAGUCAACCAAAAAUCAUGAUAAGGACUUUAAUCCUAAGCAUUUUUUCACCCCAUGUGUUGGUUUGGUUUAUCUUUUUUGAAUCUUGGAGUUUCAGAUUUUCCAGUUUAUACCUGGAAUGUUAGAAAAUCUCUUCACUUAAAGGAAAUCUGAGAAUCCUACAAUCCUAAAAGGCGAUGCUUAAAAAAACCAACAAAAAUAAACAUAAUUGCAAGAUGAAUCAUGAAAAUUGAAUUGGUGAUAGUAUUUAGUUUAGCACUAAACCUAGCAGAAGUGUAAACUAGGGCAGUAUUUUAGUUGUAUGGGCAUCUUCCUGCUGUAGUAUUAUCACUGGAGACAGAAAAUGGUUUGAGUACAAGAUGAAUGGGUGGAGUGGGGAUGUAACCAAGCAGCUGUGCUCAUUGCAUUAGAAGUAAUUUUAUUUUAAUCUGAUCUUGUCAUUAUUGCCCUAAUUAUAUUUUAUGAAACCACAUUCUAGAUAAACAAUAUAAAAUUAUUAGCAAGAAGGAAAAAUUGUUCACCAGAAUAUGAGGGGCAAAAGGGUUUUUUUAUAUCUUACAACAAGGAGGAAUUUACUCCUAUAAUAAGACUAAGUCUCAUCACCUUGAGAAAACAGAAUCCACAUAUUACAGAGAGGACAGAGUUCUGUAGUUGUGUGGAUUUUGUACCUUAGCCAGCUCUCAUGUUUUAGCAAAAUGUUCCUGCAGGUAAAUUACCUUGUUAAAGUUUGUUUAAAAAAACUUUAUUUAUUUAUAUGCUCUUUUCAAUAGCUUUUUCUUGUAUUCCUGAUAACAAUCCUAUUGAUUUUUCCUUUGGCUAUAAUCUUAGGCUCUAGUGGAAAGUGAGUCAAAUGAUAUCAGGGCUUUGCUCUCCUUAAGCCAAAACACAUAAUGGAAAUAGGAAGAGAUAUCUUUAGACAUGGGUAUCAUGUCUAAGAGUCAUUUAAAAUAAAGUAAAAUAAAAUUUCUGCCAACUUUGCAGUCAUCAAAAUAAUUUUAAGUAUCAUAUUUACUGCUAGAGGAGACAAUGGCUUGAGAGAUUCUAAAAACUGUAUUGCUAAUUCUCAAUAAUAGUAAAAAAACUUUGUAGAAAGGAGAAAUUUUAUUUUAAAAAUAUAGAAAUUAAUGAAACUUUUACAAUCUGAACCAAAGAAUUUCUAAAUAGAAUAAGUAGAAGUUAGUAGAAAAGUCUGAGCUUGUUAAUUCUGUAUACACAAAGGAAGUGGGGAUGACAAGAAGCUUUGGUAUCUCAGCCUAGCUCCUGAAAAGCACUUCUCUAUUAGCAUUAGAUUCAGCAGGUCUCAGUAGUUUACUAACCAUUAGCAUGACUGGAAAUGCCUGGAAAGAACAUUCCACUGACACAUAACUUCAGUCACCAUGGUCUGUUUACAACAACAUGGCCAUUUGCCACAGUAUUGCUAAAAUUGGGUUGUUUCUACAAUAGGCUGAGUAUCAGUCAAAGGAAUGGGGAGGCAGAGUUGAUUCAGGUGCUGACCAUCACUGGUCCUUAUCUCCUGUCUUAGCACAAGCUAGGUAAAACACAGCUGCCAGGAACAAGAUGAGAAAAUAUUCUGCUUUCAGAGGAGGGAAUUAAUUGUCUGGCUUUCAUGUCUGAGAAGGGACUGAAGGGAAAGGACAUGGAAAACCCAGCAGCUCCUGUGAGAGGUGGUACUUCUCACAAGGUGUAUCAAAUAACUAACCACCUGGAUGAGUACAAUGCUGAAAGGUGUCUUAGUAGAGAUUAAAGGUCGUGGGCAAUAACUAGGAUCAGUACACUUUGAAUCCACACAUAGACAAAGUCUGGCUAGAUAGCUCAAUUUUGAGAAAAAAGAAAAUUAGCUUAUGGCAAACUCAGUAUGUCCUGGUGCCAGGGUUACCAAGCAGGAGAGGGAUUAACUGUGUUUAUUGAUCAGGUUAUCUACAGGGCUUUAAAUUAGCCAGUGCCUCUGAGAAAAUCUAUAGAAAUACAAAAAUAUAUCACCACAAUUGUGCUGAUUAAGCUGCCUGAUAAAUUGUGUGUCCUAUUCUACUUAGAUUCUGUUUUUUAAAAGGGAUUGCACCUGUGUUUCAUUUUGUUUUCUUCCAGAGCUGGAGCCAUUAUUUUUCCAGGAACUGAAAUACCAAAAUAAUACCGCUCCUUUUUAGGGUAUUAAGGAGGAAUAUAAUGCUGGAGCAAAAGCCAUUUAUAUUAGCAUAAGGAAUUAGCUGGCAUUUAGUAGGAAAAACUUCAAACAGGUAAUACCCAGAAAAAGAUUAGUGGUGAGUGUUGCGAAGUAUAAAGCACACUAAAAAAACCAACCAAACAAAUUCAGUGCUUCUGUCUUGAUUUCUCUUUCACUGGAGGGCAGGGUUUAUGUAAGUAAAUCCUUUUGAUUCCAGUCAAACUGUUCUAUAACUGAUGUUUCAUAGCUGAGGUUUGCAACUUGGUGCGCUGUUAGUUAACAAAUAAUAAAUGCAGAGGCAUAUUAGACAUGGGGAAAGAUUCAAAGCCCAGUGCUAAUUCUUCUUUUGAAGUUAUUUGGAUCAGGCUUGAUAACAGGAUUUUCUGAAAAAUAGCUGUAAAUGUGGUAGCUGAAAGGGCAAAAAUCCCUUUCAAAAUGCUUUGUUACAAUUUAACUGUAUCUCUUUAGGUUGCAGCCCUGAAAUAAGAUCUGUUGAGUCGCUGUACCCACACUGUGCCUCAGGGGGAAUCUCCAAAUUUGAGAGAUUGCUCUGAACACCUUUUUAAACACAUUUGCUUUUUUCUUACCCUGUCUGACACAUCUGGAGGGCAGAAUAAGUUGAGGAUCAGCUCCUGUUGUUCGGGGGAUUUUGAGCUGGUUGAUUUUCUGUAGGAAGAGCACUAUUAAAGACUGAGCUGCAAUUUAUCCAUCUGUAAAGUGGGCGGUGGACUCAACAUUCUGUAAUUUCUCAGCAUGGGGUGAAAAGUGGCUUUAUACUACAAAUAACACUGAUAGGAACUUAAGCUGCAAUGAGGGCAAUACCUUUGACUGGCUUCACCGAUGAAAAGAGAGAAGGAAAUAAGUUAGGAAAGUGAGAUCCUUGUCUAACUAGAUUGCAGUGGAUGUGGCACAGCUCCUUCCUGAGCUGGAAUGCUUCAGAUGUGUUUUCUGUGAGGGAAGCUGCUUGUGAGAAGCUUUCCGGAACUUCAUCUGUUUCUUUUAACUCCCAAUAGAGGAUGCAGUGCCUACUGCAGGAUGCUUCACAAGCCUGCAGGCAGGCAGGUUUCAUUUUGAAAGGGAACAAAAUAGAUGAAGUGAGUUUUUAAUCAAAGGGUACUUUUUGUUUGAAAACAGGAUGCAUGAGAAAGGUAUAAGCAGUGGCAAAUAUCUUGUGAGGCUAUCUGUAAAAACAUUCCAGGAAUCAUUGCUAGCUCCUGAAGUCUAACCUUAAAGUAAGAACCUUUCAAAAUAUAGGUAUUGUAUAUGAGUUUGUCCAGUUCACAUCCAGGGAAAGCAACAGCAGAUUGCAAAAAGCAAUAGCUAUUCUCCCCCUAAACAUAAGCAACCUUCCAGUCUUUUAUCUAAAAUAUUAGAAAACCAUUUCAUAUGCUGUAAUUUGCAAGUAAAGUAAGUUGGUUUUGUGAAAAGGUUUCAGACUUCAAUCUUUAUUUAGUUUUAGUUAUUUGCCAAUGUUUGAUUUUCAGGUUAAUUAGUGAAUUUUCUUUGUUCUCAUAAUAAAAUGGUGCUUUACAUUUAAAAAAUAAUUUAGUAAGUCUGGAAUAAAUAAUAAAUAAUAAGAGGCUUGCAGUAUUUCAUCUGUCUUCUCAAAGAAUCUUUAAAUUAAACUUAAAAAUAGAGAACUACAUUAAUUCAUAUAUUUAAAGGACUAUAAAUUCUGAGAAAUACUGAGUCAUGUUUUGCAAGUAAUAAUUACACUUUUUUUUUUUUACAAUUCACUGAUUUUUUUAAAAUGAAAUGUAUACAAAAGUUUUGCAGUGGAUGUCUGCUUUCUUUUUAUAACUAUUUCUCAUUCAACCUUUUGCUAGAGAUUAUUUGUAUCAUAGUAAAAAGCACUAAGAAUUCAUUGCAGUACUGCUAAUAAACACUUAUUUUUAUUAUGGAAACAAAUGUAAAUGUAUAGACACUACAGAGUCACUUUAAACCCUAUGUUUUAAGAUGCUUUAGAACUUUCUGUGUUAUAUUUUACCUACGUGCUGGACGUGCCUUUUAAUAAAAUACUACUUUUGAGGAA